AUGAAAUCUCCUCCUUCUUCAGUCCAAAACCCUGACAGCCCCGAGCGUGGCCGCCAGCGGACACGUGGCCCGAGAAUCGUCUCCAAGAGCGGUACGGACAAUAGGAACAAUAACAACAACCCUCCCGGCCCUGACAGCCGCCGUUCUUACGGUGCCCCCCCUCCUACACCUCGCCUUCUUCCUCAUCGUGAUCGCUCUACUAUCGGUCUUGAUCCUUUUACUACUCCUCCUCCUCCUGCGGGACUUGGUUUGGAUUCCGAUCCUCGGCUCGACUCGAUCCUCGCCGACAUCCUCGAUUUUCACCGCCAAGUUGCUGCUAGCCGUGGUACACGUAACUCACCUAUCUCUAUUGAAGAAGAGGUAGAAGAAGAAGAAGAAGAAGAAGAGGGUGAGGUUAUCGCCCGCUCUUACGGUGGUUUACCUCCUCCUGCUCCUUUUCGUCCUAGUCAUCGUUCCUCCAGUCCUCUUCCUCCGGGAUUUCCUACGGAUUUUGCUCCUGGUCUCGCCGAGCUUGUCGUUUCAACCGCCAGAGCUGCCAACCUAGCCGCUGCUAGCCGUGGUACACGUAGCAACCCCAUCCCCAUCGAGGAAGAGGAAAACCGUCCCUCGGGGUUUUCCGAGGAAAUCACCACGUCUGCCGCCCGCUUCCUGCGUGACAUCGACUCGUCUCGGCCGUCAGUCCGCGGCCCUGGCCCUGCCCCUUCACAACAAGAAAGCCACAUACAGCAUCCCUGGGUUUCUUCCGGGCUUCACGUUCCGCAACCUUUCCACUUCCCUCUUCCCCCUCCCGCACCCGGAUCAUUUGGACAAAAAAUGCCCAUGCCUCGCGGCUUCAAACGCCCGUUUCAGCGGAUGUCCAACUCCAAGGCCAACGACAACAAAGGCAAAAAAGAAGAACGAAAGCCGGAAAAGAAGAGCGACAUGCGCACCAAAAGGUUUGUGGCCGAGCUGCACGAAAAAGACCAAAUGGCCAAGGAGCAACGCCUCAUUCGCGAAGGCCGCGACCCGUACAGCGUGCAAAUUUACGAAAACUCUUGUCGCGAGAACGGGUACGUGCUGCGCCAGUUCAUGUGCAGGAUAUCGACGACGGACGGGUUCGACUACGGGAUGGGCAUGAAAACGUUGCCGGCGUGUUUGGUUGAAGAUAAAGAAUGCUGGCGGGCGUUGGAUGUGUGGGGGAUUGGACCGACAAAGCCCGGGCCCCAGGGGCAGAGGCAGAACGGGAACGGGAACGGGAAAAGGAACUUUGAUGUGUGGGUUGAGGAAGGAUAUAUACGGGGCGCGGUGUUGUGUGUGGCGGAUGGGAGGAAUAAGUGUAGGGGGGUGGUGGUGAGGUAUAGGCUUCUACUUGAUGAGGAGGUUGUGAAGAGUGUGAAGGAGGGGGAGGGGUUGGAUAUUUGUUUUGAUGCGAUGGGUGUGAAUCGGAAUAAGUGGAAGGAGGGAGUGUUGGGUUUAAAGGUGUUUGAUUUUUUGAGACCGGGGUUGGCGGAUAAGGAGUUGCAGUCUGCGCUGGGAGACGCCACCCGUGAUACUCUUGACUUGGCCGAUAAUGUCAAUGUCAUUCAAAUGCACGGUGGCGCGGGGCCGUCUAUCAGCGGGGACGUGGAGUAUCCGAUUGAUUCGAGGAUGAGAAGGUAUUUGGACAUGGAAGAGAAUGUCAAAAGACUUGCCAUGAGGCUGGGGUAUGAGCAAGUCGCCGAGGAGCAGAAACCAAUGGGUACGCGGUGGGUGUUGGAGUUUCAUCGAGACUCGCUGGACAGGUUACGCGAGACGCUGGACGAGUUGAUGUUGGAAAAGGCUGAUGAAGACAUGUCGAAUGAGGAGAGGAGGAAACAAGCGUUUGAGAGAGCCGCACUCGAGGACGGCAAACUGAUCAAGCACGCUGGCGCCUUUGGCGGAGCAGAGUAUCUUGAGGACGUCAAGGGGGGCAUAGAUGCCGUGGACGACUUUAUGGUUAUUGUGUCGGGAUCAGACGAAGAUGGCUAUAAGACUCGGACCAGGGACGAUGGCGGGUAUAGACCCAUGCCGACAAUGAAGCUACCUCUACCGAUCCGGAACAGGGAAACCGCCGAGUACGGCUCUUUUGGCUCUUUGGAAAAGGCGACGUUUUCUUCGCUAGGCAACGGCAGCAGCAACGGCAAAAAGCCUGCUACGAAUCGCGGCGUGAUUUUUUAUUCGGCUGCUAGCCAUGAGCCUUAUGGGACUCGGAGUGGAGGAGCUACCUUGGACAGCAGCAGCAGCAGCAGCAGAAAGUCUGCUGCGAAGCGCGGCGUAAGGUUUUACUCGGCUUCUAGCCCUGAGUCUGAUGAGGGCGGAGGAGCUAUCUUGGACAGCAGCAGCAGCAGCAAAAGGCCUGCUACGAAUCACCGCGGCGUAAGGUUCUACUCGACCUCUAGCCCGACGGUGUCUGAUGAGGGUGGAUGUGCUAUCUUGGACAGCAGCAGCAGCAGCUCGGGAUCUAGGGAGGUGAAAGAGGACGCUCGUCUCAAGCUCGAUCAGAUGGGUGAAUACACGUUUGAUGAUGAUGGUGGCUAUACAUCUGAGUCGCAAACUCCUGAGAGCAAGAAGUCGGUUCUUGUUGAAAACGUCAAUGUUGUCGAUACCGAGGCAGAGGUUUCGCUGGAUCUUGAUGAGAAGAAGGAUGUCGGGGAUGGCAAGACUGGGGAGAAUAAUCAGGAUGAUGAGGCGGAUGAGAACAACAAGGAUGUCAAGGCAGACGAGGACGACCGGGAUGACAAGACGGAUGAAAACAACCCUCCCCCAAACGGCAACACGGGCGAGAACAAUCUUCCUCGACACGCCGAGACAGAUGGCGCCAGUGUCGGACAUGCCCUGCUCGAUUUGCUUCGUGCCAACAGAACUAGUCGUCCGGACAGCGAGAAUGAGGCCAAGAAUGAUGAUGCGGAAGUAGACUAA